AUGUCGCCAAAACGUAUACGUGUUAAUGAGGCAAGCGAAGAUGGAACAUAUCCUUCCUGUUUACCUUCUAUUCCCUCCACAUUCACACCGCUUCCUCUAACUCCGGGACCACAAGACGACAAUCUUACGGAUCCCGAGUAUUUAUCAUCAUACCAUGCUGACAACACGUUUACAAAAUCCGAUAACAUCGCACCCAUGAACCGAUCCCAUGGGACUGAUAUCCCUACCAAUAGCACCGAUAAUAGCAGUAACGAAUAUUCGUCAAUAGAGGACACUAUAGUUCCGAGAGCUUUGCUGCUUCAAACCGACUCUGAUGGUGAGCUGGAAGAUGGAGCAGAGAACGGGGGGGGUGAUGAGGCUUCUCUAGAGGACAUGAUCGUUACGCCGCCAUUGACCGAAGAGGAAUAUGUAUUGUUGCGCCGGGCUGCCCAGCAAAAAGGAACCGCAAACUUUAUCAAAGAAUAUUUGUUUGAGAAGGCGAUGCCCGUUACGCAUCUCUUCUAUGCCUUUGACGCUCAGCCACCUCAAAAGCUUGUCGAUACAUCCGACAUCCAAUUAAUUUCUAUUUUACACAGAGCAGUAUCAAAAUUUCUUCGACAUCGAAAGAAAUUGGAACACAUCAACACUUUAGAGGAUGUCGUAAGAUUAUUGAAGGAAUCCAAGAACAUAAUGGUUCUCACUGGCGCAGGUGUGUCGGUGUCAUGUGGAAUUCCUGAUUUCCGAUCCGAGAAUGGUAUAUAUUCAAGAUUAUCCGAAUUCGACCUAGACGAACCUCAAGACAUGUUUGACAUUAAUUAUUUCAAAGAGCGACCCAAAGUGUUUUAUUCGUUUGCAAAGAAAAUUUAUCCUAGUAAUUUCAAACCUUCUCCUUCGCAUUAUUUUAUAAAAUUGCUGGAGGACAAGGAAAAGCUUUUGCGUAAUUAUACUCAGAACAUUGACACUUUGGAACAAUCAGCAAACAUUAACAACAUUCUGCAAUGUCACGGAUCAUUUGCUCGUGCCACGUGUGUUAAAUGUGGAUACAAAGUUGAUGGUCAUAUGAUUAAGGACGAUAUCCUUCAUUCGCGUGUUCCAUAUUGUCCUCGAUGUCCACAAAAUUUGUCUCCUAAUCACAGUCCAGCCUUAAUGAAACCGGACAUUGUAUUCUUUGGUGAGAAGCUUCCAGACGAAUUCGAUCAUUUCUUUCCAUUGGAUCGGGAGAAAGUUGAUUUGCUUAUUGUAAUGGGGAGUAGUCUGAGAGUUGCUCCUGUCAGUGAAAUUAUGGGACAGAUUCCUCACGAUGUGCCCCAGAUUGUAAUUAACAAGACCCCGAUAAGGCAUAUGGAAUUUGAUGUACAGUUGUUGGGCGAUUGUGAUACAAUUGUAGCCGAAUUAUGUAGGUUGUGUGGAUGGGAGUUGAAACAUGAGAAGUUGCCUAAUGGAUCUAGUAAUGGUUGUGCUGCUGCCAAGUCUAAAUUUUUAAACCCCUGUUGGUAUCUAUUUGAAGGUGCACAAGUGUUGCCUAAUGAUUUAUCUGAAGAGGCAUGUAGAUACGCGUAA